AUCUCUCGGCAAGGCAGAGAAUACGAAGCCUUCGAGGGCAUUCCCUAUGGGCAGCCCCCGGUUGGCGAACUUAGGUUUCAGCCACCACACCCAGCCGAAGAAUGGUCGGGUGUGCUAUCAGCCACGAAGAAGGGCUCUAUCUGCACACAGUAUCUUAUGAGGAGUAUGGCUAUCGAUGGACAAAUUAUCACGGGUGACGAGGAUUGUCUGUAUGUGAACAUUUACGCUCCAAUUAGGAACGGCAAGAACACUCUGUUACCUGUCAUUUUCUGGAUUCAUGGCGGCGCCUACUUGUUCGGCAGUGGAAACGACAUGAACGAGACACUCAUAAUGGACCGUAAUGUCGUGCUGGUCACGGUCAAUUAUCGUUUGGGACCAUUCGGUUUUCUAAGCACGGGGGAUAGCUUGGUGCCCGGAAACAUGGGGUUGAAGGAUCAAAAUCUGGCACUACGCUGGGUGUCGAAGAACAUCGAGAACUUCGGUGGGGAUCCGAAAAAUAUAACUCUUAUGGGUUUCAGCGCAGGAGCCUCUAGUGUCCACUACCAUUAUUUGACACCACUGAGCGCUGGACUUUUCCAUA